AUGCUCUCCGCUGGAGCUCUCAUAUGGAUAUCCAUCCGCCCCCUCAUCCGCACUUUCGGUAUCAUCGGUGCAGGGUUUGCGCUCACCAGAGCAGACCUGUUCCCCGUUGAGGCCGCGCGCGGCGUCGGGCAAAUGAUCUUGAAUAUUGUCAUGCCAUGCCUUCUAUUCUCGCGCAUUGUUCCGGCCUUCGACUCUCAGAACGUCAAGAACAUCGGUCCGCUCGUCGUUGUCAGCCUUGUUCUCGGUAUUCUGGGUUUCAUCAUCGCAUGGCUCGUCAAAAAGUGGUUCUGGGUACCACACCGCUUCAGGCAUGGCAUACUCGCCGCAGGCGCCUGGGGCAACAUUGGAGAUAUCCCCACCGCUAUUGCUCUUGGGAUCACCGCCAAUGCACCGUUCAACGGUACACAAGAUGAGAACUUGGCGGUCGCCUAUAUCGCUGUCUUCAUUCUUGUCUUCUUCGUCACGCUAUUCCCCAUGGGCGGCCUGAACUUGAUUGCAAGCGACUUCAAGGGCCCGGACGUCGAAGUAGAAGAUCUCAUCGAGGAGACUCGUGCUCGGCGAAAGCGCAUCCUCAAGGCCCCUGCUCUGUUCGCUCACCGGCUAUUCCGACGCAAAGCAAGUCCAGCAAACGAGAAGGAGUUGGAUGCGGAGGCCAGCCCCAAACUCGAUGAGAAACGACCACCCACUCCCUCGGGAGCGUCAACCCCUCCGCAACUCGCAACGGGUUAUCCCAUGUCCACUUGCUCCGAGCGCAACCUGGCGUCUGCUGUCACAUCACCCACGCCCACUGUCCACGACGACGACGGCCACCGCAUCUACCACCCCCGCUCGCACUCGGUGCGCUUCAAGGAGGAUCUACCGUCCAUCCAAGCACCCGUCCUCACCCGGCGCCAACGCAUCCGCAAGAUCUUCUCCAAGUUCAUCAGCGAUAUGCUCAAGCCCGCGCCCGUCUCUGUCCUAGUCUCGCUUCCCAUCGCCCUAAUCAACCCUGUCAAAGCACUCUUCGUCGCGCCAACGACGGACUUCCACCCAUCAUUUCACCCAGUCGCCCCCGAUGGUCAACCACCUCUGUACUUCCUGCUGGAUAUCGCCACGUUCGCCGGCAACGCCUCGGUACCUCUGGGGCUGAUCUGUCUCGGUGCUGCUCUGGCUCGAUUGGACAUUGGCGGUCGUGAGAACUGGGCGCGGAUGCCGCGGGGCGCUAUCGCUGCGCUUGCUGUCGGCAAGAUGCUCAUCGCGCCUGUUAUCUGUAUCGCUAUGAUCACCGGGAUGGUCAGCCGCGGCUUCAUUGACCCCAAUGACAAAGUGUUGCAGUUCGUCUGCCUCAUAUGCUCGGGACUGCCUACGGCGACUACGCAGGUCUACAUCACGCAAGUGCAUAACCCUACUGGGUCCGCCGAGCACCUUGCUGCAUUCCUCAUUCCACAGUACAUCAUCAUGGUCUUCUCUAUGACCGGCAUCUCCGUGUAUAGCAUUAACUACAUAUCCUAG